UGCUUCGGCAGCUGCAGUCGCGUACUAGAGUACGCAUGGAACGAAGUGUGUUAGUGCUGUGUGGUGUGGUCUAGAGAGUAGGUGUGCUGUGGGAUGCGCGGCAACAUUGUUACGGAGUUACAGAAUCAACAAUAUAACUUUUCUGGAUGCAUCUGCAUUGUCGUACUAUUCAUCGGGUCAUGGAUCCCGCAGAUGCGCUGCAUACAGAUCAUCAAGUCACCAUGCACCAGAAGGCACUGUAAUUGGUAGGCGUGUUCUAGCAACAAUUAAGCACGGCGCACUUGUAGCCAUGAACAAAAAUCGAUAGGGAACAGUGACACCAUUGAUUAACCGAGUCACACAGGUUCAAUGACUUUCGCCUGAUAUGAAUACAACUUCCUUAACUUCGUGACGACGUUUCGAUUAUUUAUUGCGCAUUGACUGGCUACGUCACCAAAUAAGGCCCGCCGUAAAUACGACGUGUGUAGACGUUUUUUCCAACAGUAAGUGUGCGUUGCAGGAAGUGAGGUUCCUCGUGACGCUGCGGCAGAAGUCAUUUUGAAUUAUUCAUUACUUUGUAUUUUAUGGUGAAAAGUGAAUGAUUAAUUCCACGUAUCACAUUGACAUAUUUGUUAAAUAAUUUAUAGCAUCAUUCUUCAAAAUCUGAAGUGUUGAUACUGAAGACAGGAAGACACCUGAGACACUCAAAUAAAGCGAAUUUUCAGAGAUAGCCGAGUUGAUAGCACAUACAACAAGUAGGUUAAAAUUCAUACGUCACUCUGUGAAUAAACGCCAUUUGAUUUUGCUAGAGACUGGAGAUAAAUCAGAUGUGUCACUAAAAUGUAAGACUGGGAACAUUGUUUCUUUCCGUCAUUAAGAACAAUGAACAUAAGAACAUAAAAUAUAGAGUACGAGCGGUAAUAUUGGGUUUAGAGAACACAUUCAUGAUAGAACAAAUAACAGCGAUACCACAAUAAGAAAUAUCAUAUAUUUUCAAUAAAACCGUUGGAGGUAAAAAUGUACGUGAUGUCUGAUACCAUGGUAACGCACAGUGGCGCCAAUUCCUCGUACGUGUACGGUAACGAUACCAAUGGCGGCUGGGGCCUGCGCUCCUUCUUCACGUUCUACAGUCAGUUCGGGUCUGGUAGGACUGUAGCUGCCGGCGUGGAGGUAGGCAUCCUGAUGUUGACGUUCCUGGCAUCGGUCGUGGCCAACGGCAGCAUCGCAGCGGCUGUGCUGCGGUACCGAGAGAUGAGGACCGUCACCAAUUGCUUCCUGCUCAACCUGGCCGCUGCAGACCUCGUGUUCGCGCUGGGAAUUCCUGCUGUGGCAGCCACACGGCUCACGCAGGACUGGGCGCUUGGAGAUGCCACCUGCAGGAUUUUGCCUUACUCGCAGUUCGUGUGUGGCUUCGUCUUGCUGUGGACUCUCACCCUGAUUAGCAUGGACCGUCACCGGUGCAUUGUGGUGCCACCGUACCGCUCCCAGCUCACCCCACAGCUCGCCACUAUUCUCACCGCUGUCACAUGGCUCAUUGCAGCAGUUCUUUUCCUGCCUGUCGCCUUCUGGUUCCACGAGCAGUCCACUGACGCAGGCACCAUUUGCACCCUCGUAUUCCCAAUGUCCGACACUGUGAACUUCUCCAUCUGCUUCACUGUGCCUGUCAUUCUCCUCGCCUGUCUGCUUCCCAUGGCUCUCCUGGUGUAUCACUACCAACGGAUCUUCCAGAAACUCCUAGCUACAAGGAGCCGCUGGGCUGUACCUUGCGUCGUCGUCAAUCCCGUCAGCACGGACUGCUCGGGUGCAGACACCCCGACCGUGAGACGCGACAGCGAGCUGAGUUUCGUGGGCAGCCUGGUGAUACCGUGGACCAGGAAGAUUUCGACGGCGAGCCAGCAGUUCAUGUCACCAGGUCGGAAUGGCUCGAUGUCACAGCACGAGGAACUCCGCCUCAACAAGCACCUCAGAGUGGUCAGGGUGCUGUUACUGAACGUAAUCGUGGUCCUCCUCAUGUGGCUACCCAUCACCGUCGUCAUGUUCCUCAUCUAUAUAGAUGGUCGCCGGCCGUAUGAAGACACAAAUUUCUUCCUUAGAUCACAUCACUUCAUCUGGUCCCUAGUUGUUGCGUUGUUGAACACAGUGGUGAACCCACUCCUUUAUGGAGUUCUCUCGGAGAACUUCCGCAAGUGUUUCACUCGUCUUUGGUUCAGUGGAAAAGGCAGUGCUGAUAUCCGUGGCUGCGGAAGAACAGGUCUCAGUAAGUCGAACAAUGAGGCUCCACAUGAGUGCGGUGGGAGGAGCAACGGUGCGUCCAGGACUCCCAGCAGUGGGCGGGUCAACGGGUAUCCUCAGGGUGUACCCCCCAAAUUCCAAAAGAAAAGCAGUACUUGUAGCAUUGGUUCCAUUGUGGAAACUCCUAGCGGUGUUCAGCAAGUUUGAUCCUCAAUUACGAAGAUGAUGUACGUCUAUCCUAAUAUAAAUGCCGAAAGAAAGACCAUAUUUUCUAGUAUUUCCAAACCGUAUUUCGGAGUAUUUAAGUUUCCAUUAUGUUCAGUAAGGAAAAUUAAUUGGUUUGGCAAUGUCAAACAGAUAAAUGAUGUCACUUCGCAAAGGAAAAUUGCAGUGGUAUUCACAUUCUGAUUUGCUCCCUACUCAAUGCUUUCUUACCUCACUGAGUAAGAAUACUGCAUCAGUAUUAGGUUCGUAAACUACAACGUACGGAUAUAUUGUAUCGCUUCGUGAAAAUGUACAUAAUUGUUUUUAGAUGACGGAAAAGUAAUAAUUUUACAAUACAAGUAUAAUCUGACAUUUCUACAUGGCACAUUGCAAUAAAGAGAAACCAGGAACAUUGCGCUGUAAUUUCUGGUUCGGAAUAAUUAUUUUACGCAAAGCAAUCGCAUGAGAUAUGCUCAUGUUCAGGUAUUGAGUCCUAAAUGCUUGAAGAGAUGUUAUCUGCUUGUGAAUGCAUAGGGCCCAGUGUGCACACUCAAACUCACGGCUACGUAGCACAAGAACUUUUGAACUAGACAUGUUUCUUCGCAGUGCACUACUGGAAUAUCUUCAGAGCAAAACUGUUACAAAAGGAUCGUCUCCCAAGAAAUCCUUCUCCACGAGAGGUGAAUAAGUUAUUCCGUUUAUGAUCUAGAACUAACGAAGUCCUUGCGGGUAGGACUGAAUAUAUGAGGCGUUCAUUUAUUUUGGGGGAAAGUCGUAUCUUUGAUCUCAAGUUCCUCUAAUGGCUAUUGACACGUGGGAAAGUAAAUUUAUCGCCGAUGUUUUACAGUCGAGACACUUAGGGCAUUUUAAUAUUAUGAAAGUGUGUCUAAGGCAACAAAAGAUUUCUGACAAUGAUUGAUUGAUUUUACUACUAUUCUUCUGGACACUGUCCAUUGUCAAUGGUAAUUCAGUAGGAUUUUCACUCGCGAGGGAAACGUUGCUGACCAUGGCAGUGCAUAUAAACGUGGGCUUCUGUUCACCCCACGUUUCAUUCUGCUUAAAUUAUCUGUACAAAAUACGAAUUUAAAACUUAAUUUAAAGAUUUGUAUUCCCCGAAUUUAUCACAAAACUUCUGUAUAUAUUUGUUACAUUUUUUUUUGUCCAAUGAAUAAACAGUUUUUCCUUUC